AAAAUCCCGCGAAGUGGUCCUUCAUUUCACACAGCUGAUUGCAUUCUGUUUAUGCAAACCGGAUUCCGCUUGCAAGCAUUUCACUUCUCACAGGCUUUGCCUGGAAUUACAGUUCGGUGAGACAGGACUUGAGUGUCUUAAAUACCUGGAACUCCUCGUUAGCGAGAG